UGAUGAUGGGACGUCAAUAAAAGUGAGAAAAACUACAAUGUGAAUAAUCAAAUCCAACUUGUUGCUUUCUGACUUAGUUGUGUGUGACUUAACAUAAAACUCUUCCUUCCUCUCUUUCUCGCUCUCAGUCUCAGGCACACGACCCACACACACACACACACAUAAAGAACUCUAGAAACAAGAUGGAGGGUGAAGCCACAGUAAAGACAGCUGCGAGUUCCUCCUCAUCCCCAAGCCGGUACGAGUCUCAGAAGAGGCGAGACUGGAACACUUUCCUUCAGUAUCUAAGGAACCACAAGCCACCUCUGAAUCUGUCUCGUUGCAGUGGCGCGCACGUCCUCGAGUUCCUUAAGUACCUUGACCAGUUCGGUAAGACCAAAGUCCACGCUGUUUCUUGUCCCUUCUUCGGACAACCUAACCCACCCGCUCAGUGCACUUGCCCUCUCAAGCAAGCUUGGGGAAGCCUCGACGCUCUCAUCGGCCGUCUCAGGGCUGCUUUCGAGGAAAUUGGCGGUGGUCUUCCCGAGUCAAACCCUUUCGCUGCCAAGGCUGUUAGGAUCUAUCUUAAAGAAGUUCGUCAAACUCAGGCUAAGGCUCGAGGGAUUCCUUACGACAAGAAGAAACGGAAAAGGGCUCAUACAGCCACGGCGACUCCAACCGCCGGCGAUGGAAACGACGACGCCGGAGGAAGUAGUGGUGCUGCUUUGGUUGUUGCAGCUGAAACUAGGGUAUAGUCGAGAAAAAUCCAGAUAUGCUAAAUCUUAAAAAAAAAUGGUAUCGUAAUCUCUUAAUGAACAUCAUGAGUUAGUUAUUUACUUUCCAAAAAUCGUACUUAUGAAUUAUAUUUGUGUGAUUAACUAUUUGAGGUGUUGAUUGCAAUUUUAUAGAGAUGGAAAGACGAGAUUAUAAGUAAUUAAGCUAUAUCUUAAUUUAAA